AUCACUCCAACACUACUCUAAGUACACCAUGUCCACCCCAGUACCAAAGCGGUUGGAUCCCGCCUCCCGACUUCCAACGUCAGAAGUAGAACGCAUGUUCUCUCUUCUCCGCAACACCCGUUUGCCAGAGAAGGACAUCGUUCCCGGAGCGGGGGAAACAUGGGACUACGGAAUGCCCCUUGCGAGACUUGAGGAGCUGAAGGAAUACUGGUUGGAGACGUGGAAAUUUGACGAGUUCUUGGCUGAUAUUUCUCGGUGGGAACACUAUACGGUAGAGAUUGAAGGCAUUGACGUGCAUUAUAUACACGUCAAGAGCGGGAAAGAGGGCGCCAUUCCUCUGCUCAUGACACACGGAUGGCCAGGCAGCUUCUACGAGUUCCACAAAGUGAUGGAGCCUCUGAGCUCGCCCUCUUCGCCCGGCGACCCAUUGUUCGACCUCGUCGUCCCCUCCCUACCGGGGUACGGCUUCUCAGCUCCUCCAACUCGUAAGGGCUGGACGCUGGUAGACACCGCCCGGGUGUUCAACAGUCUCAUGGUGGACGUUCUCGGAUACAAGGAGUACGCAGCUCAAGGAGGGGACUGGGGAUGGGUCGUUACUCGGGCGUUGACGGCAUACCACAGUGAUCACUGUGUGCUUGCGCACUUCAACAACAUCGUCGAAUACCCCCCAGUCUACCAGUACCCGUUCCUGGUAGCGAUGCAGCUCCUCCCCAAAUGGGCGGGACGCAGUGUCGGCGGGUGGGUCAUGAGCGGAUCGGAGAUGGACGCAUUGGAGAAUCACCAGAAGUUCCGGACAAUUGGGUCGGGGUACUAUGACCUCCAGCGGACGAAGCCCACCACGAUCGGCUACGCCCUUGUAGACCACCCGCUCGGGCUCCUAGCCUACAUGGGAGAGAAAUACCACGGCUGGGUUGAUCGUUCCUCUGCGCUGAGCGACGCGGAUAUCAUCACCACCAUGUCGCUGUACUUCAUCACCCGGACGUUCGCGACUAGCGUAUUGACGUAUUACGAGACUCCGUAUGCGCUAUUCAUGACCCAACCUCGACAGAAGCAGGGGAAGACGGCGAUAAGCCUGUUUUCUCAUGAUGUGCUAGGCGCGCCCAGGAGCUGGGUACAGAGAGUGCUCAACGUCGUGUCCUAUAGAGAGCAUGAGAAAGGAGGGCAUUUCGCAGCGCUCGAAGUGCCCGAUAUAAUUAUGACAGAUGUGCGGGAGUUUGUAAAAGGGAACUGGAAGAAAUAGGUUGUCCAUCCGGCCUGAAAUAUCUUCCACAAUAAC